AUGAGCAGCGGAAUAAAUUCAUUUAGGAUAAGAUUAGAUAAAUUAACUGGUAAUUACCAUCCUGGAGAAAAAAUUACUGGAGAAGUUAUUAUUGAUUUGUAUAAAGAAAAAAUAGUUAAAGCCCUUAAAUUGCUAGUUAAAGGAGAAUGUGAUAUUGCAUGGACGGAAGUUAAUAAUCAGGAUAAUUCAUUCGCAGCCAAAGAAAAAUAUAUUGAAAGUUACAUUAUCCUUCGGAGAUCGGAAAAUAACGACAGAGUUAAAAUCAACGAAGGGCACAAUGUAUUUCCCUUUGACUUUACUUUACCUUACAAUAUUCCAAGCACCUUUAAGCAUGAUUGUGCUGAAAUAAAGUACAAUCUUAUUGCAAUAAUGGAAAGACCUUGGAAAUUCAAUCAUGAAGUUGAAAAAUCAUUCCGAGUUGAACGAUUAUUACCAAUAACCGAGACUUAUUUGUUAGGAAUCGACGAAACUGAUUUGGAAAAUUUCUCAUGCUGGAUACCUUGCUUUAAUAAAGGACAUAUGAGAUAUCGUAUUCGAUUACCUGCUACUGGCUUUGCUUGUGGUGAACGUAUCUCAUUUAUGAUAAAUAUCGACAAUAAAUUAUCAUCUGUUAAUAUAACAUCAAUAUCGUUACUUUUAAUUCAGAAACUUAAAUUCACGAAUCGAGAACCGUUAAACAAUAUUAAAACUCAAACAAAUAUUAUACAACGAGUCACCAAACGAGGACCAUUCCAAAAAAUAAGUGCCUCGUUGUUAGAAAUGGAUGUUCAAAAGUUACCUUUAUCACACUGCCAAUUUUGCAAUUAUAUUGAUAUAAAAUACCUGCUUCAUGCCAUCAUUACUGUGUCUGGAUGUCACAGAGCAAUUCAAAAGACAUAUGAAAUAGUUAUUGGGACGAAAGAUUUACCAGAUACACCAGUUUCUACGAGAGAAAUUUUAAAUAGCAACUGUGCGACCGCUCCUUUAGAAUCACCUUAUUCCACUCUACCAACUGAGUUAACUACUGUAGUACGCUGGUCUCCUAAAGUAUUUAAGUUUAACUCCAAAGAUUUCUUCGGGCAUGACUUGUAUUUUCGUGAAGAUAUUUGUUUAUUUGGAGAAAUUGGUGUAAAUGUUAUCGAACUACCCUCUGGACAUCAUGUUUAUCCAUUUUCAUACGUUCUCCCCGAAAAUAUUCCCAACAGCUUUGAACACAGUAUCGGCUAUGUAAAAUACUCAAUAAAAGCAAUAAUGAACAAACCUUGGAGUGAUUAUAAAACGUCGAAAAUUUUUACUGUAGUAUCUCCAUCCGGAACGCAGUCAGAAGAAUGCGCAUCGGGCAUCAUUGAUCAUAAAUACAUCAAGAAUUAUUCUUGUAUUUUCCCUUCUAUCAGUAACGGCAGCUUAAAUUACCGAAUUCAACUGCCGAAAGUAAUGUACUCGUUAGGUGAAAAUAUUCAAGCGAUUGUACAUCUUAACAAUAAGUCAAAUUCCGUUCAAGUUACUGAAAUUGAAAUGAGUCUAGUACAGGAAUUAAAAUUUUAUGCGAGGAUACCUUAUGAAAAAUCAAUGUUUAAAAUAAAUUUAAUAAAAAGUACCUCACAAACAGGACCAUUUGAUAAAAAAAGUAAUGUAACAAUAAAUAUGCGGGUACCAUUCAUCACUCCUUCGAAACUACACCAUUGUAAGCUUAUCGAUAUUAGUUAUCAAAUUUACAUUUUCAUUCAUAUUUCUGGACUCCAUCGAAAGAUUAAAAAGAGUUAUAAUAUUUUUAUUGGAAAAAAUCUUUCUGCUCAACAACCUUCACUAAAUUCUGAUUUAUGUGGAGCUUUAUCAAAUGAUCCAUAUAUAACUUCUGCUGGAUGUAAUUUAGAAGAAACUUUGCCGUACUCUGACUAUCCAGCUCAACCAGUUAAUUCAACUCAAUAUCCCUUGAGAAAUAAUCAAAAUAUAAUCUACGAUGACCAAAUAGAUGUUCAGUACCCCUCAUCGAGCAGUACUCCUUACCUAGCACGAGCAAGUCCACAAAGGUUUUUACCGCGUAAUAAUAAUAAUAGUCCUUUUUCUUCUCAACCUGAUUCGGAACGUCAAUAUCGACCAUCAGUAAUAAAUCCAAUAAAAACUAAUGACAUUGGAUGUCUUCACAGUAGUGAAAAAUUUCCAACGCGUCAAAGUCCUCAGUGGCCGACACAGUUUGGCGAGACUCAGUAUCUACAAACUACAAUUACAAGUGAUUUUACAUCUAAUUAUUGUAUUCCACCAUCGUAUGAAACUGCAAUGACUCUUUUGUAG